AUGAAGACCAAAUGUUUUCGUGGGAAAAAAGUCCAUGGAGAAUAUGACAUCAGAGUUGAACAGGCACAAUUUUCAGAGGUCAAUUUGAUAGCUCAUGCUGAUGGGAAUUACUCUGUAAAUGUACAAGCUUUUCGAAAUGGCACUAAAGUUGCCAGGUCAUUCAAGCCUGACUUUGUUCUUGUCCGGCAACACUCAUUCAGCAUGGCCGAAAAUGAAGAUUUUCGUAAUUUAAUUAUUGGAAUGCAUUAUGCGAGCAUCCCAAGUGUUAACUCUCUAGAGUCAAUCUACAACUUCUGUGACAAGCCCUGGGUAUUUGCCCAAUUGGUGUCCAUCUAUAGAACCCUGGGACCAGAGAAGUUUCCUCUGAUUGAACAAACCUUUUAUCCAAAUCACAAGGAAAUGCUGACAUUGCCAACAUUUCCUGUUGUUGUGAAGAUUGGACAUGCUCAUUCAGGCAUGGGAAAGGUCAAGGUAGACAACCAUUAUGAUUUUCAGGAUAUAGCCAGUGUGGUAGCACUUACCCAGACCUAUGCUACCACUGAGCCCUACAUAGACUCCAAAUAUGACAUCAGGAUCCAAAAGAUUGGAAACAACUAUAAAGCUUACAUGAGGACUUCUAUAUCCGGAAACUGGAAGACAAACACUGGAUCUGCAAUGUUAGAACAAAUUGCCAUGACAGAUAGAUACAAGCUCUGGAUCGACAGCUGCUCUGAGAUGUUUGGUGGCCUGGACAUAUGCGCUGUCAAAGCAGUUCAUGGGAAGGAUGGGAAGGAUUAUAUCUUUGAGGUUAUGGAUUCUGCAAUGCCUUUGAUUGGUGAGCAUCAGGUUGAAGACAAACAGCUUAUAAUUGAGCUUGUCAUAAGCAGAAUGAACCAACUUUUGUCUAAAACACCUAUACCAUCUCCUCAGAAACCAACUGCUACUCAGCAGCCUCAGAGUGGGUCGGCUAAGGAGCCAGAAUCAAAUAAAGUCCCAUCCCAGCGACCACCUCCUCAAGGGGGCCCAGUGCAACCCCAAGGAAUGCAAUCCCAAAGCCAGGAGCCAUUGCAACCACCACAAGGGUUCCCUCCGGGGCAUUCAGCAAAGCCCUCCGGUUCUCUGCCUCCACGUCCACCUGGCCCUGCAACUCAGCCACCACGUGCCCAGGCCUCAGGCCCUUCAAGUGCCGGGCCUCCAGCAGACACGAAGACUGAGCCCUCGCCAGCCUCGGCCCAGAAGCCUCAGUCACAUCCUCAACUGAACAAAUCACAAUCUCUGACAAAUGCCUUCAACUUCACGGAGUCAUCAUUCUUCCGAUCAUCUGUGAAUGAGGAUGAAGCAAAAGCUGAAACCAUCCGAAACUUAAGAAAAUCUUUUGCCAGCCUCUUUUCAGAUUAGCCAUGGCAUAACUUGGUUUUGUAUAUCCAUCAAAUGUGUGAAAGUCUCUUGUGAAUAUCAUUUCACAAACACAAUUUCUUUAUGAAUGACCCUCCUUUGCUGUCUCAGCUGUUGUAUUAAGCAAUAUGUUAUGCUCUUUUUAAAAAGGGACUAUAAUGCGUUAACACUUCAGGUAUCUAAAAAACGCCACUUUAAAAAAAGCCAAGAGGAAAAGCUAUACAGCCGAAUGCUUGCAGUCCUCAUUAACUGUGAUAUCGUGGCCUUACCGCCAAAUGCACUUGAUCACCCCAUUGGACGCUCCAUUGUGAAGUCAUCAGAGCAACACACCAUUAAGUUGCAAGUCUUCCCUUUGCCGCAGUUUUCUCUAGUACUCAGCUGCAUGUCUGUUUCUUUAAGGUACUUUCUUCCGCAAAGGUACUUCUUUGAGACUCACUUUCUUGCCCUCCGAUCUUUAGGAUGCAGUUUCAUAAUUGUAUUCUUGUUAAUCGUCUUUCGCCUUGUUAGAAACUUUAGGAAGCUUUCCAUCAGCUAAAUGCAGUUUUCCAAUAUGCUUUAAGAGCAAACUCUAGAAUGAACCAAUGUUAGAGCCCCGUGUGUGUCUAUAUUAUUCUAUCCUCAUAUAUUUGUUGUGAAAUUAUUUGCAGCCUGUUAAUAGUGACUUUUGCUUUGUGAAGUGUCAUGCAUGCCUUCAUGUCACCAUAGUUCCAUAUUACAUUCUAAUAAAUGCAAAGCUGU